CUUUUGUGAACAACAAGUUAAUGACUUGGAUAUUGAUUCUGGUGUGACUACGUUCAUUGAGGAAAGUCAAAGGAAUUGCUCAAAAAUGCCGAGUCAAGAGGUUGUAACUACAAAAGUAGUGGUACAUCCUUUAGUUUUAUUAAGUGUGGUGGACCAUUUUAAUCGUAUGGGAAAAAUUGGUAAUCAAAAAAGAGUUGUUGGUGUUCUUUUGGGAUGUUGGAGAGCAAAAGGCGUUCUAGACGUGUCAAACAGUUUUGCAGUUCCUUUUGAUGAAGAUGAUAAGGACAAAAGUGUAUGGUUCCUUGAUCAUGAUUACCUUGAAAACAUGUAUGGAAUGUUUAAAAAGGUGAAUGCCCGUGAAAAAGUAGUAGGAUGGUAUCAUACUGGUCCCAAACUACAUCAAAAUGACGUUGCAAUUAAUGAAUUGAUUAGGAGAUAUUGUCCUAAUUCUGUUUUGGUUAUCAUUGAUGCUAAACCCAAAGAUCUUGGACUUCCAACAGAAGCAUAUCAAGCAGUUGAAGAAGUUCACGAUGAUGGUUCUCCAACAUCUAAGACUUUUGAACACAUUCCUAGUGAAAUUGGUGCAGAAGAAGCAGAAGAAGUAGGUGUAGAACAUUUAUUAAGAGAUAUCAAGGAUACUACAGUUGGAACUCUUAGUCAGAGAAUUACAAAUCAAUUAUUAGGUUUAAAAGGUCUUUAUGAACAAAUUAGAGAAAUUAGGGAUUAUUUGUUACAAGUUGGUAAUGAUAAAUUACCCAUUAACCAUCAAAUUGUUUACCAACUGCAAGAUAUUUUUAAUCUACUACCUGAUAUGACACAAAGUAGCUUCGUUGAUUCACUGUAUGUGAAAACAAAUGAUCAAAUGUUAGUUGUGUACCUUGCUGCUCUUGUUAGAUCCAUAGUGGCUUUACACAAUUUAAUUAAUAACAAAUUAACAAAUCGUGAUGCUGAAAAGAAGGAAACAGAUAAGAAAGAAACAAAAAAAGAUGAGAAGAAAGAAGAAGAAAAAAAGGAUGAAAAGGAUAAAGCAAAAAAUAAAAGUCAGUGAAUAAAGUGAAACUAAGACUAAUUUUGUCAUUGAGAGUGUUAACAUCCCAGAACAUCACAAAAG